GAAGCCGCGGGCCUCGAACGUUGGUGGUUGGCGCGCGGGAGAGUUCUCGACAGUGCACGCGAAGAUCCUCCUGACGGCAGUUCGGAGGCACUUCGGCGAGCGAGAGCAAUUGCGCUCGGCAAAUCGAAAUGCCGCUGCCUGCUCGGGCGGAAGUGCUCUAGAAUCCUGCGCGGAGCUGCUGUUCGAAGGGACGACGAGAAUUUGGGCUCUUUCGGCGCGCGCGCAGCUGGGGGGUUUCGCCAGAGGAGGAGAAUUGAAGAAAAAAAUGUAUCGUUCGUAGGUUUCGACAAGUUGAAGAAUUCGAGCGCUGGCUUGGUGCUCUUCAGUGGACACGGAGGGACGCGGCGGCAGAUUUAUCGACGGGGUUUGUUGUUUGCGUGGUGAAAAUGGUGAUUGGCGGCGUCUGGUUGCGUUGUAAGCUUUGGGAUGCUUCGAGCUCACGGACCACGACACUGCCACGUAAAUGAAUUGAACUGUGAAUAGUGGAAUCCAAUUUACGAUAUGUCAGCUGGUAGUAUGCAUUUAGUACCUGAAUCUUACGAAAAACUCUCUACAAUUUCUAAAUGGAGAUUGUCCGCAGUCGGAAUUGCAUUUACUGCAAUUAGAAGACAGUAUAUCAUGGUGUUCAGAAGUAGUGCUCGACACUUUUUUCAUCUCGUAGCUUUUAAAUCUCUUAUGCUUUAUUAUAAAACGACGAAAUUAAGAACGCAUGGUUAGUGCUGCCUUACCAUGAGACUAGCUAUACACGAAAUGAAGAACGUAAUUGCUCCGGAGCUCUGAAUAGGAACUGUCGAUUUGGACGAUUUUCGUGGCAUCGGAGACCGUAUAUACUCAUUCCAGUCAUUUGCGUCUCGACCGUGAGCAUUCGUCUGCAAUGGAGGCGGAGGCUGUGAUUGUUCUCUUAUUGGUAUUUGGCGGAGCUUUCCUUCAGACGCUUGCUGACACAGGCUUCAUAAGCAUCGACUGUGGAGCAAGUUCUGCUCACGUGGAUCCCAGGAAUAUUACAUGGGUUCCAGACAGUGGCUUCGUGGCAACAGGCUAUACCGCUAAGUUGAACACGACUGCUACUUCGCCCGAUUUUACUCUUGACACAUUACGUUACUUCCCUGCAUCCCAUAAGAUGAGCUGCUACGUUCUUCAAGUUCAGAAGGGCAGUCGUUACCUCGUCCGAACAUCCUAUCGUUAUGGGAACUACGAUGGUCAAGAUAGUCCUCCCGAAUUCAAUCUUGCUAUUGAUGCCACCAUUGUUUCUUUUAUCAAAACAUCCAAGGAUUCCUUUGAGGUGCACGAAACGAUAGCAACAGCCCAGGACGAGGUCUUGAGCGUCUGUUUAUUCUCGGAAAGUGUAUCCCAAAGGCCAUUCAUCUCUGCCUUGGAGCUGCGCCGCAUCGGCGAGAGCAUGUAUACGGCUGAGGACGGACAAUACUUGAACAGAAUUUCUCGCAUCAAUUUUGGAGCGAAGUCCGACGAGUCCGUGAGGUAUCCGGAUGAUCCAUAUGAUCGCGUGUGGGAUUCGGACAUGAAGCUCUUCGAAGGUGCACUGCGAGAGACAAUAGCAACCUCUGAGAAGGUGGAACAAGAACACCUCCGCGAGGAUCCUCCUUCAGCUGUUCUUGAGACGGCCUUGACGUCUUCAACGACAAUCAUUGUUCCAGUCCCGGACAUCCGUGACUAUUACCGUGCAUACCUCUACUUCGCUGAAGUUAUAAAUCUGGAUGAGGAGGUACUCCGGAGCUUCGACAUUAUUCUGAACGGUGUUUACAUUAAGAGGGACUUAUCCAUUUCUGCGGGACUUCACAGUGGGUUGGAGAUCGCAGCAGGAAAUAUUAGUGGUUCUGAAGUGAUAAAUGUCACUUUGUCCCGGCGACCCUACUCCAACCUCGGCCCGAUCAUUAAUGCCCUUGAGAUUUACAGUGUUAUUCCUGGCUCUGUGGGGACGUUCGAAAGCGACGUCUUGGCCGUCAGGUCUUUAGUCAGUGGCUUCAAACUCGAGCAGCUUUCCGUGGGUGAUCCAUGUGUGCCAAUUGCAUGGGAGUGGUUGAGCUGCACGACAGAGAAUCCUCCCAGAGUUUCUGCAGUGUUACUGUCGAGAAUGAAUUUAACUGGAUUUAUACCCUCAAGCGUCCUCGACUUGCCUGAACUGACUGAUCUGUGGUUGGAUCACAAUCAACUUGAAGGGUCUAUACCUGAUCUGAGUUCUCUGAGGAAGUUGCGAAUCUUGCAUCUCGAGGAUAAUGAAUUGGACGGAUCUUUGCCAGUAACACUCGGAAAAUUGAACUACCUUGGCGAAAUAAUACUGGAUAACAAUCAUUUCAGUGGGCAGGUGCCUUUGAGCCUUUUCACAAAGAGCAAUCUCAAGAUCAGCCUUGCAGGAAAUCCUGAGAUGUCAUUACCAGGUUGCGUCACAGGCAGUGGUUCAUGUACUCAGUCUCAGAGUUUGAAUGCUUCAUCUCAGUCUCGCAAGAGGAAGACUCCGGUCGUUAUUAUCAGUGUGGUUGCUGGAGUCGCCGCUACUUUUUUUCUGAUCGUUAUUGGUACGUUUGGGUUCUUCCUCUCAAAAAAGAAGAACAAGUUUCCAGAGUCACCGAGAAAGAACUUCUAUACUAUUUCAGAUUUACAAGCCACGGCGGACAGAGAAGAGGUUGUUCCCACUUCUUUGCGGUCUGUUGGCAGAACGAGAACUAGAUCUCGAACAAAUGAAGAAUUGGAGAUGGCAGCUGAAGCCAGGGAAUUCACUUCGUCUGAAAUCAGGAAGGCAACGCGCAAUUUCAUGAGGAAGGUAGGCGAAGGAACUUUCGGGCCUGUUUUUUACGGCAAACUCUCUGGUGGAAAGGAAAUUGCCGUCAGGAUUCACGGCUGUUACCGAACCCAAGACUUCCAAGAUGGGGUUGAUGUUCUCGCGAGAGUGCGGCAUCAAAAUCUUGUUUCGAUGAUCGGAUACAGUCAAGACUCAGAGGACUCGCUCCUAAUUUAUGAAUUUCUGCCUGGAGGCUCCUUGAUGAACAAUCUGAACGAUCCUGAAGCGUCCAAGCUACUGACCUGGAACGCGAGGCUUAAUAUCGCACUUCAGGCAGCUAAAGGUCUUCUGCACCUUCACACCGAUUACAAUCCUCCUAUCAUUCAUCGCAAUAUGAAAAGCAGCAACAUACUUCUCACCAAGAAAUUUUCGGCCAAAGUAGCUGACUUUGGACUAUCAAAUCUAGCUCCAGAAGGAGAAACAAACUACGUCUCCAUCCUCGUGAAGGGUGCUACCUCGGGAUAUCUUGAUCCAGAGUUCUAUUCAAAGCAAAAGUUCACUGAAAAGAGUGACGUCUACAGCUUUGGAGUAGUUCUCUUGGAGAUAAUCUCAGGACGAAGACCUGUCAAUCUUCAGCUUUCUCGUGCAGAAUGGAACCUCUCAGAUUGGGUAAGGCAUCAACUGGAACUGGGAAACGUAGAAGCCAUCGUAGACCCGGCUUUGAACAAGGCGUACAACAUUGCUUCGAUGUGGAAGGUGGCGGACAUUGCUAUGUACAGUGUGGAGCCAGAGGCGAAGCACAGACCAGCGAUGAGUGAAGUUGUGAAAGAACUUGAAGACGCGCUCUUUUUGGAAGCCCAGGGGCGGCAAAGUGCUGGGCCACUUUGUACGACUUUCUCCCUCACCGACAAGGCGGAGAGAUCUCAUCUAGAACCUGUAUAUAAGAAGUUACUAAACCGGGAAGACAAGCUCUAGAAGUUGUACCUCAACCAAUUGACCGAAAUUGACCAGACUUUGAGCCACCAUGGCUCCCUGUAUACAGUUUAUUGCUUCCUACUUUUCUGGCCGGUUCCACUAUUAUUGUUCACGACGUCAAGAUUGUACCAUAAGUACGUUCGAUAAUUUAAGACUAUCCCAGAUGACGGCCCAAAGGCUGAGCCUUGACCUGUACAGCAAUUUUGCUCCUGUCGGUAGCUUUUUCUGGAGCGAACGAGUUCUUUUUCGGGAUGAUGAUGUUUCCGAAUCUAUUUGCGACUUGUAACAUUACAGUACUUAGGAAAUCAAUUGAGGUUGGAGGACGAUGUACAUAUGAUCUUUCCUAUCCAGAAUCUCAAUUUGUCAGCAGGGAUCUAAAAUCUUCUGCUGUUCACGAUCACCUGUUCAGAUGAGACUUCUUUAAUUAGGCGGCAACCAGCAGGGAGGCAUACUGCAAGUUCUUAAAUUUAGAAACAUCCAUUUAACAUAUUUUCCAGUAGAGUCCGGUUUAGUUUACUGCACUGAAAUAUCUCAGAAUUCUUCAGACUUACUACAGGGUUGCGAGGAUUCAUCCUUCCCUCUAUCGAUGGUCCAGUCUGAACUGCGACUCGCUGUACUCUCCUCAACACGGAAUAGACCUGAGAACAGAUCCUGUCCCUCUUAGAUAAAAACUUGUUCUGCAUACUAUAAUAUUCACCUGUGUCCACGGUUCGACUGAUGUAUUCGGACUUCUAGGACACAUCUGAUAGGAGUACUAUACCUGAGCUUCCAGGUGUCAACUUUCCGGUACCGACGCAGGUGUCGAAAGCGGCUACAAAAGUGCCCUAGCGUCCACUGCGAAUAUUACUGCACCUGAGGAAAAGUCUGCUCACCUCGCCGUGAUCCUCGCUAACGAGCACAGGGACCAUUCUGAGAGCAUGUGUCAGGAUUUGGUAUGGCUAACGGCGAGAACUGAUGGCUUCAAGAGAACGGCCGACGAACCCGAACCGAACCCGACGAACCCGAACCGACAGAAGUUGAACGAUAGAGAGGAUGAUGAGAAUGAUCGGAGACUCGCCCCGCACGCCUCGAAGAAUGCUCUACGGAGUCAAAUGGAAUCUGAUGGUGGCGUCUGCUGUGAACGAUUACUACCAGACACGGUGAAGUUUCAAAACGCAGAAACGAGGAGGAUGGAAACUUCGGCCACCGUCAUGAGGUUCACCGAAAUUAAAGCCCUCAUGAUCUGCAAAGUUGGAUUGAAUCGCAGGAAGCUCCUGAAUAGUCUGCAGUUUUUUCCCGGACAUACCUAUUUUGCUGCUCUUUCAGUUGAUGCGUGCUCUUCAUCAACUGAGAAAGUGUAGUAAAGUUCUCCCCAUUCCCGCUGUUUGGCAUUCCAUUUCGUAGUAUCUUUGCUCACGAGUGGAACGUUGAAUAUGAAUUCUGAAAGAAUACAAAAAGAAAAGGAUGCUUGUUUUUUGCGUUCCACAUAUGACUAAAUAAAAGGC